GUGCAUUCUGUUCGUAUGUCAGUAGUCACGACACUUUCGGGUGUGUUUGAGGCCGAUUUGGAGGCGACACUUAUGGGAUAUAUCCACGAGGCGAUUGGGAACGCUGUCAACAAAGGUCUACAAUAUGCCCGUAGUACUGCACAGGACCGUGUAUUGAAAAUGUUGAUUGCCUACCGUCGUGUGUGCACUUCCAAUGCCACAUCGUCUCUGCUGAUGCCUUCACGCCUACGGCUCAUACCAUUGUUUGUGCUUUCAUUUAUGAAAGCCGAUGCGCUAGUGGAGGGCACCACCGUACCUAUUGACGAUCGCGUGCAGAAACUUUUCUUGCUCAUGACGAUUCCCAUGCACCAGUGUGUGACGUACUUGUAUCCGACCUUGUAUGCCGUUCAUCAUCUCCUUUCUGAACCCACAAGCGGCGUGAUAGAUCCAGAGACGGGCCACUGCGUUCUGCCAGGCUGGCAACAGCUCAUUUUUGACAGCAUCACGACAGAUGGGGUUUAUGUGCUCUGUGACGAGCAGGCACGAAUUGUGUAUUUGUGGAUCGGUUCCUCUGUUGUGCCGGAAGUUUCGCUUGAACUCUUUGGCACCACGAAUGCCUUGGAUGUUGGUCGCACGGUUUUUUUUGAGAACUUUGGCGAAAGGCUGAAGAACGUAUUGUACACCUGCCUCAUGCGGGAUGAUGGAAUGCGGCGUUUUGUGAUUCUUCACGAAAAGGACCGCGGCGAGGAGGCGUUUUUUCGGCAAUUCAAGGAGGAGAACGAGGGUGGCUCCAUGGGCUAUGAUCAGCUCCUUGUCCACCUGCACCGUGAGGUGAAGAAGUCAAUUGAAUAG